CCACGGGUGGGCAAUGCACGAUGCAGCAUAACUAACAAACGACAUUCAUCCAUCAUGCGCCUCGCGAACGGUGGGCUGGAGCUGGAAGGCCUAGCCCUGCCAUUAAAGGGAGGCAGCCUGAGGAUAGAAACGCUGCGAGUCGGCUUGCUAAGCGUGCACGUCCGGGGCGUGCGCCUGAAAACAGCGCUCCCGAACGCGACGAAAAGCAAUGGCCUCGCGAAACCGUUGCGACGGCUCGCCGCGCGAUUGGUACAGGUGUCCGUCGAGGGCCCAAUCGAGGUGACCAUCACCGCAAAAGACGGCGAGAUCACAGCGAAAGCAAUCAAUUGUCGGAUAGAACACCAGACCCUGCGCGCGCCCGCCGUCUCCAUUAGUUUCGAGGGCGCCGAGGCGUCGCUGAGGGAGCUCACCGUCUCGGCGGACGGCGCGAGCGCCUCCGAGCUGACGGCGACGGCGUCCGCGGCAGGUGUCGAGCGCGCCAAGGCGCUCGUCUCCACCAGAGCCGCGCCGCCGGGACAACAACUGCCCUGGGCCUCGCUCGCGCUCGUGGCUGCUCUAUUAGCGUGGCGGCCUUUGAUGGGUGUGGUGGUCGCGGCGCUCUGGGCGCUUUCAGUAUAUAUGGAGGAACAACCCUCGUCAAAAAAGCCGUAUGAAUUAGGCGCCGCGCGCGUCGCUGUCACUCUGGGUCAUCUAUCAGCGACGGCCACGAAGCUGCGCGUGUCCGGUCACAAAGUGCGGGCCGACGCCGCGACGGUUAUGCUACAAUCGGAUGGCGACGAGGUCCUUUGCGUGCGGGCGAUGGACGUCCGAGCCGAGGGUUUGAGUAUUGAGUGCGAGGCGCUGAACGCGACCCUGGACCCGCGCGCAUUUCCGAGAGACGACGCCCAACGACAGGGCGCUUGGAGGGUUGAGCUCGCUGUAAAGAAGAGUGUGGAGACGGUCUUUGUCAAGGCCGAUUGCAGUGGCACCGUCGUGCGCCGCGCAUUGUUAACAGCAGCAACCAGCUCGGCGCUCGUCGAACCGGGUUCGAUACAAUUGAAUCUGGCCGCGCUGUGUGUGAAUGACGGCGACGGCCGCAACCAGGUACGGGGAAGUUCAAUAGCGUUCCGACGACGAAAGGCUGAGAUAGCAGUGCAACUAAACGGCGGAAACGUCGCCUACGAGCACCGCUUUGUCGCCGACGUGCUGCGGUGGUUCCACGCGGCCCGCACUGUGUCCAAUGACCCCGCGCCUUCGUUAAAAGUGGACUGUAGCGACGUCGAUUUAGUGGUACCGGAGUCGAUGGAACGGCGGGGCGCGGCCACCUUCUCAAUACAAACUCUAAAGGCGCGGCGCGGCGACAAAGAUAUUCACGUAGAGGCGGACUGUCGCUUGAAAUGUCUAGACGACGAGUGCGCUCAUUUACCUGAUCUAAACGUGCGAAUUGUGAAAAAUCGCGUCGACGUGGCGCUGGCGCGGGACGCUCUAGCUCUGCGACUGACGCGCGCGCAGUACGCUUGCUUAGUAGGCUUGUUUUUUGGGAACGUGGGGGACGACCACGGCGACGGCGCGUCCGAAAAAUGGUGGCCCGAGACGGAUUCUACAGAAACACAGUUUCCGCAGGAUUGGUACGAAAGCGGCACGGCGCCCCACGCCCUCGCGAAGACGCUGGGCUUCGCCUGGCGCGUCCGCGUCGCCUGCCCCAAUUUGUCAAUUGCAUUGGUGGAUUGUGGCUGCGCCCUGGAAACGGUUAAGCUACGACUAGACGUGGACCGCGUCGCAAAAGGCGGCGGCUGCGCCUCGGCCUUAGUUCUUGAGACGUUACGCGUCAUAAACAACGACGACGUGUGGCUCGCCGUUCAGAAGCGAGGAAACGCAGCGUUGAGAUACGAGCACCGCACGAACGUCAAAUUCACCUGGGCGGGCGUCUUCCUUGGGAGGCUGGAUUUGCGAGCCGUGCCGUCGGACAUCUCGUCGUUGUGUGCUUUCUUAUGGGGGGGCUUCAAGCGAGCUUCUAGAUUAGCUCCCAUCAAAAGGCCGGACGCCGUGAGUCCUCGACGCGAGGCGCAUGCCGCUUCAUUGGUCGUGGAUGUUGUGAAUGCGUCCUAUACCAUCGGCGAGCUCGUUUGUGCACUUGACAGAGUCAAGUUUGUGAGAGAUGCGUCGUUAACAAGUGGCGAGGCGUCCCUCGAAGGGAGGAUCGAUUCCAUAAUAGCGGACGACCGGACCCUCUCCAAGUCAUUUGAUGUAGGGUGGAAACGCAAGGCCACGUACGAGGGCGACGUGUGUCAAGCGGAGGCGUCGCUCAAAGUAGAUCAUAUCGAUAUGUAUGGAGACCGCCACGACCUGAGACGGUGUAGAGAUGUCGUAGCGUUACUCAAGCGGCCCCGUCCACCAAUUAAGGGAGACGCUCACGCCUGGGCUUUACUGGUGAAUGAAGCGGACGCACCUAAUUUGCCGGGACGAACGACCUUCACGGGUGAAGGCUCUAUGAUCCUCCACGCGUUGCGAGCGGGUGGUAGACGACGCGUGGCGCGCGGUUUAUUGAAUUGGAAAGCUCAGGGCGCGGCCGAGACGGAUCGCGUCGCGUGUAAUGUGGAUGUCAAAGUCGAGGCCUCCGCGCGGCCCGAGAAGAGCUGGGCGCCGGUGCUGGAUCGCCACGGUCUUGUUAUAGCAUUGGAGAGUAGGCACGGCGGCCGCGCGCGGUCUUGUAGAAUAGUAUCAGCGGAGCCUUUACAUAUGUCCUUGGACGUGAAACUCGUCGAGGCCCUGCGGGAGAAUGAUGAUAGACCGGAACGGUGCUGCUCCAUUGUGUGUCGGCACCGCAUCAAUUCCAGUAGUUCAUUGGACGCGUUCUUGCGGCUGAGUGGCUCUUCUGAGGACUUCGGUGGUACAAUACAUGUCGAGGCCGACCAGUCGCAAGCCAUAGCCCAUGGCGAGGACUCGGGUGACGAGGAUGAGGAUGAUGAUACGCCUUCCAUAGUAGUGGACGCGCUCUCAGUAGAAACGGAACAUGGUAAGUGGGUCCUGUGCGCGGAUGAUUAUGGAGGGGCCGCGCCCGUACUCCUCGAAGGGUCCACGCCACUUCGAUUGAGACGUAAUGAAGAGGUCGCUUUGUGUUCUGCGACGUGCGAACGCGUGGGCCCACGGCUCAUCUUAACUCUAGCGUCGCGCUUCGCCAUCACUAAUAGGGGAGACGAAGCACUUGACAUACGAUGCGGUGGCUUCGAGGCCACGGUCGGACCUGAUAGUACAAUACAGCUCCCUUUGAUCCCUGAGACAGCAAAUCUAGAGGCGCGCCUCACAAAAGAUUGGAUCGCCUGCGGCCGCGUCGGUGCAUCUAACACUCUUAAAAGAUUAGAAGGCGGGUUAUGUCGCGGCGGCGCCGACCAACAUAUCAUUCUAAGACCGGCGCUGACCCUUAAAAAUGCUUUACCGUGUGCUAUGGCGUGGGAGGCAGCAGUUAACGGUGUCCGCCGGGGGUGUUUACACUCAGCAGAACAGGUAUCACUCUACACAACCGCGGAGAAAGCCACUCUCAGAUUGCGGGUGGCCAACUACCAGUGGUCGCGCGGCGUCGCCUUCGACACGAACGCGCUCAUCGAGGCCUCCUCCUCUUCUGAGGGAGUCGUGUCGCGCACCGAUCUGAUUCUGGACGCCCUCGAUGCUAGGGUAGAGAGCGAUGAUGGCGAGCGCUGGGUCCGCGUCGCGCCGUCGCUACGAGUUACUGUUUCUGUGGAUGCGGCUGGGCUCGUCACAUUGCAAUGUAGAUACGCUCUGGAGAAUUUGCUCGAGGCGCCGUGUAGCUACGCGCCCGCCGAGAUCCCCGACGAAAAUCAAAGAGUGCUCGCGGUGCAGCAAUUAGGCGUGGCGACGGGCUUAUCGCGACGGCCGUCUCUUAGUAGGAGGUCGUCCGGGCGGCGCCGCAUGCUGAGCAGCGUGCGCAGCGUCUCGAAAAUCGAGGACAAGGAGCCGGACACGCCCCGCAUCGAGGUAACUUUGAGGAGAGCGGCGCACCACGAACGAUUUAUACAUAUACAAGCGAAGACGGCGCGCGAGGCCGUCCGCAAGGUCAUACCUGAUUAUAGCGACGAGUACGACGUGGUCGGCGAGGACACGCAUCCCAUGGAUCUGGACGCGCCCCUCCUCGAACCUCGUACUUUAUACUUGAGACAUCGAUUGGAGAGGGCCCUCGCGCAGCAGGAUGCUUUGGAUCUAGACCAGCUCUACCCGAGCGAGGCGGCGGCGGCGGCGGCCGUGGCCGUGCCCUGGAGUGGUGCGAUGCCCUGGGACCCCGUCGCGGGCGGGCCUCGAAGGCACGGGCCCCAGUUAGCAGUGAGAGCGGUUCUCGUGCACGGCCCGGCGCCUUCUAGAGGUGAAGCUACUGCGAGGAUUCGCGUCGACGGGUGCUCGGAAUGGUCCGCUCCACUCGUACUACCUACAAGGUACGAUAACAAGUUGGAGGGCACGGCAUUAAGGUACGACGACGACGAUGCGGAGGCGGCCGACGGCGCUUCUACUCGUUUACAGUUACGGGCGCCGGAGCGUUCCCAGAGGAGACCGGUCUAUGAUUUGAGUUUACGAGUAGAAGCUUGUAGCGACUACGUUGGCGUGGUGUUAACACCGAAGCUGUCGUUCCGCAACCAUACGGACGGCGUGUUAGAGGUAAGGCAGGCGGGCGUUGAUGUGGAUAGACCCUUGCUGGAGUUGCAACCGACGGAAACGGGCCAGGUGAUCGCGUGGAGCGACGAGCAGGGCCCUCGAUUGGUACAAUUACGUCUACGGAAUAGUGAGGAUGCUAUACUGAAGAGCGGUGCUCUGAGAGCUGAUUGUUUGGUGGGCCGGGGCGAGACGGUCUUUGCCGCGUUCAAUAAUGACCAUGAAGUCCACCUGCGGUUACGACGAGAAGCGAGGUCAUUUACCGAUGACGACGGCAAUGAACUCUCUGAUACAAGUAUAGAAACUUUAUGUAUCGUGGAAGAGAGUGAUGCAAGGUGGCCGCCCUACCGGUUGGUGAACAAGACCGACAUUAAGCUGAGGUACCGCCAACGAUUGGCCAAGCAGAACUUCCCGAAAGAGGUUGCGGACUUUGACGGUGAACUUUCAACAGUAAAAGACACUACAUUUACGUUAGCUUCCCUGAAUCAUGCCUCCAAACCGAGAGGACCGCGUCCACUCAUCGUGCAGCCGCGCAACGACCAGAAGAAGCAGGGCUUGAAGGUGACAGGUAACGACGACGAGGCCCCCGACGACGAGAUCGGAAACGCGCAGAAAUUCGUCAAGCAGUCGUCCAUGAGUACGGAGCUGGAGCGGGCCGCGUCCAGUAUGUCUUCCGCCGUGUUUGGGAGUACGUCGAAGCCUCCUACGUCGGCUUCUGAUGCCUUGGAACGAGGUGUUAAGUACUUGGGCAAAAAAGCGCGAUCCGGUGCGCGGAAAGUCGGUCUAUUGGAAGCGAAACGCGCGGAACAGCGCAUCGGGCCCUGGCGGCAGCUGGAACCUGGUGACAGUGCAUCGUACGCGUGGGAGCGGCCCUUGGAUGCCGUCGGGUCGUCUACUCGGAGUCAGCGACGAGUGUUAAUUGUGGAAGGCUACACCGAUAAGGGCUGGACGCAGAGGGUGCAGGUGGCUUUAGAUGAAGCACAAGGAGAGCUCAAAGGCGACCUACCUUGUGUCGUGAAGGCGGACGGUCCCACUCGAGUGCUAGAGUUCGGUACUAAAGCAACGGAUAUAAUCAGACCCGACCUCUCGGCGACGGAGGACGGCGGCGACCGGUUAGUCGCGCACGCGGCGGAGCUCGGGGCGUCUAUUUUGAUCAGAGGCCUCGACGAUAAACCGAGGGAACUCGUGAAAAUAACGCUCUGCGACGCGCGGGCCGCCUGGACCUGCCUCGAGCAGGGCGGCGUCAACGCCGAGUUCUCGAUCCACCACGUGCAGGUGGACAACUUGCUGAGCCCGAGACCGCUGUACGCGGCGGCUCUAAGGCCGCGAUUAGGCGAGGACGACUCGCCUUGUCUAGCCGCAUCUGUCAGAAGAAGGACCGACACGGAUCUCACUACCAUACAACACGCCGUCACGUAUCUGGAUCGCUUUGUGGUGCGUGCUAGGCCUCUCGAUGUCCACUUGGACCAUGAAGUAGCGGCUCUCUUAGUAGCUUUAUAUGCGGACUGUUCGCGGAGCACGGACGACGAUAUUGAACUCCAAUCCACACUUGUGAAAACAACUACUACACAACGGCGCAGACGCGAGGUUUCGCGGUUGGUACAACAGCGAAAACGGCCGGCCGUGUUUUGUGCUCAAGUGAGAUUGCACCCCGUCGACGCCCGCGUCACGCUGAAAGGUGGCCUGACACCUUUAACGAGGAAAGAAGUAGCAAGAGCUUGCGGGAACACUUCAGUAGAUGCCGUAUCAGCGGCCGUCGGCCAGCUCGACACCGCGCAAUUGAAAGUCGACGCUCUGUACCUCGACGAUGCAUUAGCGCGGACGGCGGAAGGAUUGGGUAGGCGGGUCGCGAGGCACUACCUCCAAACGUUACUCAAGCAGGCGCAUCGGGUUUGUGGAAGUCUCGAUAUUGUACGAGCGCCGAUGUCCGCGGCGUCGUCGCUAGGCGGCGGCGUCAUGGAUUUAGUAUAUCAACCAGUACAAGGAGCGUCGACGGGCGGCGCCUCGGGUCUGGCUUCCGGUGUUGCGCGCGGAAGUGCUUCGGCCGUCGGCGGCGCGUUCGACGCCGCGACCGGAGUUGUGUCGUCGGUCACGGCCUCUACCGGUUCCGCGUUGGCUGCCCUGACGAUGGACUCGUCCUACCAGACGAGCAGAGCGACAAGACGAGCCCAGGAGGCGAACAAGGCCCGCGGAGCUUCAGGAAGCUCCACUACCUUAGCCGAUAGCGUCCAAAAACAUUCCAAGGUCGCCGCGGAGGUUGUUAGGGGUGCCCAGGACUUAGGUGGAGGCAUCUUCGAGGGCGUGACGGGUAUUGUGGUGGAGCCGUACAAAUCGAUCUCGCGCGGAGAUGACGCUAUUGAUGUUGCCAAAGCCACCGCGCGCGGAUUAGUAGGAGUAGCGAUAAAACCAGCCGUCGGUGUGGUGGAUAUGACGACGCGAGCGGUCGAGGGCGUCCGGACCGCCGGGAAAUACGCGAACGACUCCUUCCAAUCGGCGGUGUCCGCGUCGUUAGCGGCGAAGAAGUUGAAAAGGAGAUCAUCUCUAUCGGAGGCGCCGUGGCGUAGAAAAGCUCGUCUAGAUCCGCACUGCCCCUGGUCUCGGUUGUCGCAUUCGCGCAUGGUUUUGAGUGGUAGUUCGUUCCGCAUGCUCGAUAGCGAAGCGGCCGAGGCCCAGCAGUGUUUGCGGCUGACGUCGGAUAGCGACGAGCGCCACGCUUUAGCACUGAAAUACGGCGCGGCGUUGGACAACUUUGGGGACGUCCGCUGGUUCGGGCAACGGACGCAUAGCAUCGAGUACUGUUCCGAUGACGACGGUGAUGAGGACACUUCUGGCAACCAACGAAGGAAGGCCCGCACGCGUGUCACCCGAAGGUGGGUCCUCGCGUCCUCUACCAGUUUACAGUACGUCCAGGACCUUGCAGCUGAUGAUGAUCGUAGAUGUAGAAUCGUCUGGGAGGCGCCUUUGUCAGAUAUUGUUGGUGUCGAAAGUGGAUCGGACGACGACGACGAUGUGAGAGUCGUGUUCGGUGUGCCCGUCGACGAAACACCCAGGAAAUGGUGCAAGCGCCACAUCCCCGACCAGAAGAGCAGGGUGUCAUGUGUGGUGGGUCUGGAGGUGGCCUGCUUACUGAGAGAUGGGUCUGCUUCUCUACCGAGAAGGGCCGCUCCCAACAAAGCUUUGGUUUCUGACGGCGCGACCUAUAUCUCAAAUCCGCAGAAAGGUGCAAAAAGAUCCAAGAGGAGAUUAGUAUUGAGGGGCGGCUGCCUCUACGCGUAUCGAGACGUCAAUAAGAGUCUCGCCGGCAGGGACACUCCAGAGCUGUCGCGAGCUUUGAUCUUGCGGGACACCUUCGUCGAGCCCGUCUCCCGGCGCGCAAAUCCGCCCGCUGCGCUACGCCCGGACGAGCGCGACCGCGCGUUACUCUUAUUACCGACGGAGGCGCCGAAACUCAGAGCCGUGCGCGUGCGCGCGGCGUCGGGCGCGUACCUCACGAACGUUUUGGAUGACGAGAAACUCGAGCAGGUCUGCCUGCUGUUUGAAAGUGGAUCGGACGCGUCCAUGUGGCUUGAGGCGCUGCGCGGCGCCGCGGCGCCUUCACCACUAUCGCCGCCGCCGGGCGACGCCGUCGCGCUUUCGUUGGACUGCGCGGGCGUGCCGCGCGACGCGCGGCGGCUCCUCGCGGCGCGGCUCCGGCGCGGGCUCUAG